CUGGCACAUCUUUGCCCCUGCACACUCUGAAGCCUCUCUAACAAGGAAGACCCCUCUAAGGAGGAAGACCCUCUAAGGAGGAGGUAGGCGCUUGCUUCCCACCGCUGCUGCCCCUUCGCGGUGGCCCCGGGGAGUUUUCCGGAAGGCGCAGCUGCGGCAGGCCGCCCGGUUUCACUUUGAGUUUGAGCAAGUCCGCUUUGGAGUCUUGGGCCCCGCACCUCCGACUCGUCUCCGCUGCUGGCCUGGCUUCAUUCCGCGCGCCGGACUCUCUGGGGCACUUCUGUGGAGGAGGCAUCCAAGGAAUAGGCUGCUGCUCUGCCUGAAGUCUCCCUGCUUAGGGCAUGCCGUCAGCCUUUGAGGGCGUAGCCCGAAGCGUGCUCCUGGAGCUGGACCGCCAUGGGGACCUCAUUCCUGUGGACAGCCUGCGGAACGCCACCAGCUUCCAGCCCUACUGCCUGCUAAGCAGGAAACCCUCCACCUCCUGGUUCUGGAAGUCGCGCUACGAGGCUGUCAAUCUCUCCAUCCGGGACAUACUAGAGCCCGACGGCCCCGAACCAGAGUUGCAGCGCGGGGGCCCCUUCCACUUCCACGACACGGUGGAUGGGCAGCUGCAUGGCAGCGUGGAGCUGAGCAGCCUUGGCCAGGGCAAGAUCUCGGGCGGGGCCACUGUGUCCGGGAGCUCCAGCGCCUCCAUGGAAGUGUGCUCGCUGCGCGUCGAUCCCAGCGUCUGGGGGGUCCUACAAAAGGAAAGGCACCUGCGGAAGCCGGAACACAAACUCCUGCAGCAGCUGCGAAACCAGCGGGCCAACGUGUUCAUAGUGACUGAGGUCCUGCAGACACAACAGGAGGUGGAGGUCAACCGCACCCGCAAACAGGAGGGUUCAGGUCACUUCUCGCUGCCGGGAGCCGUGUGCUUGCAGGGCCAAGGCCAGGGCCACCUGAACUGGAAGAAGACGGUCACCAUCCCUUCUGGCAGCACCCUUGCCUUCCAGGUGGCCCAGCUGGUCAUCGACUCUGAGUGGGACAUCAUCUUCUUCCUGGACAGGAGGCAGAGUACCUUCAGAGAGCCCCUGACAACCACAGGACUGCACCCACAAGGUGCUCGCCUGCUGCCACCCUCCUACCUCUCAUCGCUGAUGCAGUCCAUCUGGCAGAACUCUAGGCUCCAGAGUGAUGGGUUGGAGGGGUGGGCAUUGCCCACUGAGGACUUCACGGGCCUGCGCACAGAAGUGGAGACCCAGGCUGAGUUGCUGGAGCCCCUGAGCUGUGGGCUACGGCGGCAGCUGCUGGAGGCGCUGGGGAGCCUGCUCCCGGACAUGCUGGCCCUGAAGGCUCUGGAGGAGGCUCUGGAGCAGGGGCUGAGCAGCAAAAGGGUGGAGCCUCGUGAUUCACCAGAGGGUGCUGUGCUCGAAUGCCUGGUGCUGCACUCCCGGGAGCUGGCCACGGAGCCGACUGCCCCCAUCUACUAUCUGCUGGGGGCCCUGGCUGCUCUGACUGAGACCCAGCACCUGCUGCUGGCCCAGGCACUGAGCACAAGAAGCCUGUCUGGACAGCUGGAGCUGGUGGAAAGCCUAUUGGAGCAGAGUUCCCCAUGGCAGGUGCCCAAGGAAGUGUCUCUACCGCUGGGGAGCAGCUGGUGUGAGGACACCCCUGCCUGGGUCUUGCUGGAGGAGUGUGACCUGGAGCUGCAGGUGGAUUCCCCCCAGGUGUGCUGGAAACCCCAGGCCCAGGGCCCCACAUGUGCGCUCUACGCCGCCCUGGUGGUGCUAAACAGGCUUGCCCAGGAGCCAUGCUAAGAGUGGCCUUUCCCUGAGGGCCACACCGUAGGCCGGACGGGUCACCUGGCCAGUUCGAGAGUGUCUGAGGCCUAAAAGAGAGAGUGAGCUCUGGGGAAGCUUUUACUCUCUUGAAUUUUUAUUGUGGAAUAAAUGAAAAGACUUCAA